CAAGAAUUCUUGGCUGGGAGGUGCCACAGUGCAGAAGGUAAGAGAGGGAGCACCACAAUCCCUGCAGGUCAUAUAAAUCUUGCUAAGGAUGGUCUGUCUUGUGGGAAACAACUGAAGGUUUAAAGCAGAUCACGUAGAACAAGAUCCAGCUUGCACUUUGGAAAGAUGGCAAUGACUGCAGUGUGGGGAGUGGACAGGCAUUCCACGCCACUUGCUGACCCCUCUCAGCAAUUCUAAGUGAUCUUUUUCAGUCCGAGUGGUUUUAGGACUCGAGUGAAAAGUGGAAGACCAGGUGGGAUGGUCUGUGUUGAAGACUUGCCUGUUGAGCUGCCUGGAUGAUCUUCAUCAAACAACCCUCAUCUUUCUGGAUCCCAGUUUAAAUAUGCUUAAAAUGGUGAAGCUGAGCUGAUCUCCAAUUUCCCUUCUGGUCUGAAAACUCCAAUGUUACAACCAUGAAACCAUUCACCAUCCCAGCCCGUUUUUCCUUGAUCCUGAACACAGCUAACCAUGCCAGAGCUCUGUUCUAAUUUAAUUGCAUACUUUUGCACCUGCUGAAUCCUAAACUCAAUCGUUCCCGUGACCGCAGGACCAAAGGGCAUGGGUUGGGGACAGAACGCUGAGUGGCAAGGAGAAAAAGGGAAGAAGACCCUGACGUUGGCCAGCUGGUAGUAAAAGCCUGCAGCAGGAAAGUUAACCAGGGAAGAAUUGACGUUGCGCAGCGACGGAGGGCGGGAACGAAAGCGGAUUGGCAGGCUGGGGGCGGGGCCAGCACUGACAGCCCCGGGGGAGGAGCUAAGGAAGCUGCGUGGGCGUCGUUGGUUCCUUUCCAUCCCUUGGUUUCCCCGACCCUGCGCCACGCGGGCGUGGUGGCGGGCGUGCCGACGCCGUUUGACGUCACAAGGGGCGUGGCUGCCUGGUAGUCCACCGGUGCGCGGGCGCGUUCGGCAGUCGCAGUUUGGGACGCGGGGCGUGCGGUUGCAGUUUUCUUUCCCGUUUUGCUGUCACAGCCGAUCCCUUCUCGAGUCCAGGAUAGACUGGGCGCGCGCCCGCGUGUGUGUGAGCGGGACUCAGGGCAGAGGUGUCCCCUCGCUGUCUUUUUUUUUUUUUUAAUUCCUUUUAUCCAAAGAAGGCAGUUCUUACCUUUGCCUCCCGGUCACCCAUUUGGGAGCCCGGCUGGCGUGCGGAGUGGUUCGGGUUUUCUUUUUGUUUUCUUUUUUCUUUCUUUUAAUUUUGAACUUGUGAGCGCUCUCCCCCUCCUUUUUACCCCCUCUUCCCCUCCCCCCAAUUUGGGCUCAGUGCCGCCAGCGCUGGUUUCCUUGAAUAACCGCUUUCUGCCCAUUCUCUGGCAACCCCAGCCUCAGUUUGUUCCUCCGCCCUCGCCCCUGGCCCGGGAGGGUGGGAAGCCUUGUCCCCGCCCUUCCCGUCUCGGCAGCGGUAGCCGCACCUGCUCAAUAUGAAUGGGGUCAACGACCCACCUCUUUUUAUAAAAGAUAUUAAGCCCGGACUGAAAAACUUAAAUGUCGUCUUUAUUGUCCUGGAGAUAGGACGCGUGACCAAAACCAAAGACGGCCAUGAAGUCAGAUCGUGCAAAGUAGCAGAUAAAACGGGCAGCAUCACUAUUUCCGUGUGGGAUGAGAUUGGAGGUCUCAUACAGCCAGGGGAUAUUAUUCGGUUGACCCGAGGAUACGCAUCCAUGUGGAAAGGAUGUCUGACACUUUAUACUGGAAGGGGUGGUGAACUUCAAAAAAUUGGAGAAUUUUGUAUGGUUUAUUCAGAAGUGCCAAAUUUCAGUGAGCCCAACCCAGAUUAUCGAGGACCGCAGAACAAAGGGGCACACAAUGAACAGAAGACUAAUUCCAUGAAUAGUAAUAUAGGUACAGGUACAUUUGGAUCAAUGGGAAAUAGCCUUCAAACUGGCCCUGAAUCAAGGGGAUACCAACUUUCAUAUGCUGGUAGAAGCAAUGUCCGGGGACCUAUCAAUACACAGCUACCAGGAGCUGCUAAUAAUCAAACAGUCAUGACCACAAUAAGUAAUGGCAGGGACCCUCGGAGAGCCUUUAAAAGAUGACCUAUGCCAAAUAGUCACAUGUAGUUUUUAAACUACGUGCCCUACUUGAACACUUAGUGCACUUUUAUUUAUUGUUAACUGUGAAAAAUAUGUCCUUUAUUGGUUUCCUUUUAUGUUUUUGGUUUGUUUAGAAGAGUGGUUUUUUUUAUAGCAAAACUGUUAAGCUGCUCAAGACUCCUGUUGAAUGGGAACACUGAAAAGUAGGGGCAUAUAUUUUUAGAGCAAAAAAGUUAUUGGAUAUCCUCUAAAAAUUGCACCCAUUUCAAGGGUGAGUUAUUUAAAACAGCAGCUUUAUAGCCUCUAUGAGUCUUCUGUAUGAAUUUUGUAAUAUUUCACAUAAGGCUUAAUGGGAGAUGUUCUUUGUCGUAAAUUCAGAUAUUGCCAACUAAAGCAAUAACCACCAACAAAACAAAACAGAAACUUGGUCAAUGCCAACAAUAGUUUUUGAGUGUUUGUUACUCCAAGAAUGAAUGAUUUUGUUGAGUGACUACCAUUAAGAUUUCCCAAGAAAUGAAUCAUCUUAAAUGAAUCAUCCUAAAUUGUUUCAUUACCAAAAAAGAUUAUCAGAAUUAUGGAACAGAAUGCAAUCUGUAUUGUAAUAUGUAAGUUUUAGAGGAAAGCUACUUUGCUUUAUUUUCAGAUAGUGCUCUUAACAUUUGUUAUUAGCGUGGAUUUUGAAAGAAAAUUUUAAGAGGCCUUGAAUAUUUAUUUUUGAAUCUACCAUGUUAAAUAUUGAUGUUUAAUUUGAGAGAGUUAUAAAGUCAUAAUAAACAUUGAUUAAUUAUUUUUAAAAAUAAUUUUGGUGAAUGUAGUGAAGGUGAUUCAAAUUGAAUUCAUAUAUUAAUAUGCAGUCUUAAGUUAUAGAUCCUAGGUAUUUACAGGUACUCAGCCUGAACUGAAAAUCCUAGGUGGUACUUCAAUUUGAAGUUUGUGUGUGUUGUCAAAAGUUUCUGAAUACAAUUCACAUAGCCUUAUUAAAUAGCAAAAGUUAAAUGACAAAGAAGUGAUUACAGCUUUAUUUAGAAACGUUAAGGUGGAAUUUAUUUAUGUGUCAUAAAUGGUACCCACUUCUACUUUUUACUGUAGGGUGGUUAACUGGCAAAUUUUUCUUUUGUUUAGAAUUUACCUCUUCUUAAAUAUUAUCUCUUGAAUAAAACUUGCGUUAAUGUUAACAGAUUUUGGAGUUUUGGAAA